AUGUACGUAGAAACAACGCAUUGUAUUCUGAUUCUGGACGAAGCAACAUCGGCGCUCGACACGGAGAGCGAGCACAUUGUGCAGGCGUCGCUCGAUCAUCUUGUGGCGUCGGACGACCGAACGACGACCCGCAACGCCGAUCGCGAAGGCACGCAUGAUGCGCUUCUGCAACCGCCACACGGUCUCUACAAGACGCUUGUCGAGGCGCAGAUGAAGAAGGUCGGCAUAGAUGAAGACCUUGACGACGAGCUCUCGCCGGCGCCGAUCACGGCCGGCUGCAACCGCUUCCACUCGCGCAGCGACGCCGAGACGGACAUUGAGGCCGCCAAGGACGUGCCUGUUUUGCGCGUCUGGAGCUUGAGCAAGCCAGAGAUGCUCAACUUCAUCUUUGGUGGCAUCGGUGCGGUCCUCAACGGCGCCGUCUUCCCUGCACGGCCCUCCUUCAAGCUCGACAGCCCGACGACGCGAUCGUCGCUCUGGGCUGCGGGGUUUGGGGGUCUCGGUGUAGUCUAUUGCGCGGAGCUGACGCUUCAAAACCACCAGUUUUCCAUUGCUUGCGAGCGCCUCACGUCGCGCAUUCGUGGCUUGUGCUUCCAAGCAAUGCUGCGCCAGGACAUUGGCUGGUUUGACGAUGAGAAGCACUCGUCGGGCUCGCUCACGACGCGCCUCGUGACCGACUCGGCUGCCAUCCGCAUUAUGACGGCCGAGACGGUCAACGUCGUCCUCAUCAACGUCUCGAUCUUGGCUGUUGCCUUUGGCAUUGCAUUCUCGCAGAGCUGGCAAAUGACGCUCGCGCUCCUCGGCGUGUUUCCCAUCAUUGGCUUUGGCGCAUUCAUCCAGAUGCAGUCGAUGGGCGGCAACACGGUCAAGAACGUCAACGACGGCGACAUCCGCGCCGGCGCGCUCCUCUCGGAACCCCAUCAACUCGAUCCAAACGGUCGCCUCUCGCCGACCACGGACCACAAGGUGGGCAUCUUGGCGGGUGUCGGCUUUGGCGUCUCGCAGAGCUGCAUGGUCAUUGCGAUGGCAUUCCCCUUCUGGUUUGGCGGCUGGCUCAUCAUCUGUGGUGACGUUGACUUCGAGCGCAUGUUCCUCGUGCUCAACCCGAUUUUGCUCCUGUCGUUUGGUGUCGGCAUGGCGGCCCAGGGCUUUGGCGACAUGGCCAAGGCCAAGAAGGCGAUCGGCAGCAUCUAUGGCAUCAUCGACCGCGUCCCGUCCAUCGACUGCUCGGCUUCGAAUGUGCAUGACGAGGUCAAGGGCGAGCUCGAAUUGCGCCACGCUGCCUUGGCAUUAUCCCUCACGCCCCGACUCACGCUCGCGCUCGUCGGCUGCUCGGGCAAGAGUACGGUGAUCGGUUUGCUCGAACACUUUUACGACCCGGCGUCCGGCGCGGGUUUCUUGGACGGCCACGACCUCCGGUCGCUCAACGUGCAGUCGCUGCGCAGCCACUUCUCGAUCGUGUCGCAGGAGCCCUUGCUGUGUGCGGGCACGAUCGCGGAGAACAUUGCGACAGGCAAGCCGGGUGCGACCAUGGCCGAGAUUGAGGACGCCGCCAAGAAGGCCAACGCGCACGACGAGAGCGAGCGCAUCGUGCAAGAGUCGCUCGAUCGUCUCCUCAAGCAGAGGCAGCGCACGACCGUGAUCGUCGCCCACCGCUUGUCGACGAUCUGCAACGCCGACAUGAUUGCAGUCGUCAACGACGACUGCAAUCGUAGCGGGCGCGACGCGGAGUAGCAGGCUACCACCAACGCCGGAAUGGGACCGAAUGGGCCAACAAGAUCGAUAAGUACGGCCCUAAAGUAGUGGGAGAAGGACGUGGGUUUCUAC